AUGGUGGAGAAUGGCACACGGGAAUCCAAUUUCCUGCCUCAGGAUUCCAAAUUGCUGGAAAACUAUCGUUCGCUGGUCCUUUUGCUGCAUCAGAAAGAUCUCGAAAUCCAAGGAUUGAAGAAUGCUGCCCAAAAGUAUCCGGCUGACCGACUGAGUUACAUUUUACAGGAAAUUGUGAAGUCAAAACAUAAAGGACUGGGGAAGAAGAGCCCUAAUGAAGAAGUCCUUCAAAAAGAAGUAGAUCAAUUGAACGCUGACCUGAAAGCUGUUAAGGAGGAUUAUGUACAGGAGAUAGAAGAUCUGAAAAAUGAACUCGCAAACUUGAAAUUGCACAUCAAGAAUUUGAGGCAGAAAAUAAAGACCCUGGGAGUAAAAUUAGAUGAUGAAAAUGAUACCGGAUCUGACAUUUCUCUGGCUGAAGAGAGGCAAUUAACAUGUGAGAGCUUUGAGCUGUGGUCGGAGGCAGAAGAGAAGAUCUUAACAGACCCAAGUCAAAUAAGGCUUAGGAGAAUUCCAAAACACACCAGCUUUGUGGACACCUUUCCUAAGAUUCAAGAUGAUUCCUUUAUCAGUGAAGAAAGAGAAGAAUUUAUCAGCAGAAUAACUUUUGAUGACUCGCCACCCAUUGCUGGUGCUUUAGGAGAGGAGUCACCAGAGAGCUCAGUAAUAGAGAGCAAACCUUCUGAACUAUCCUCGCAAGCUAUCCUCACUUCUUUGAAAUCAGGUUUUGCCUUAUCUGAGAGCAAGAUGGCAGAAUCUUCUUCCAGCCUACCUUCUUUGGAGGACAAAGGACCAGAAAAAAAAGAUUUGGUUUCCGCGCUGUAUCCUUCUAAGCUCACUCAGCUUGGUCUUUCUCUUGGACGGCUGUCAGAGGAGGAACUAUGUCCCCACUUGAUACACUCUCCCUUUCUACAGGAAUGCAAGAGAUGCCAUGCUGAAACCAGCUCUCUAAGGAUCAUCAGUGUGCAUCACAAAGGCAAAUUUAUCAGAAUCUUCAACUGCUUAUUGACUAAAGAGGUUGAUCUAAGUGGCUACGUCAUCCAGCAGUGGGUUGGAGGCUAUCCAGUCUCUAUCUAUCAUUUCCCAAAGAAUGUUAUUCUGCCUGCCCAGCACCACAUCACUGUUUGGGCUGCAGGGGCCAACUUGGCUCAUGAACCACCUUCAUUUUCCACCACAAAGUUUUUCAGAGCAGGGCCUGAGUGCCUUACCACUCUUUGUGAUCGUAAUGGCCAGAUGGUGUCACAAUACGUAAAUCCUCACCGAUUUACAGCAGCAGCAGCAGCUUACAGUGAUAACGUGGAACUUUCCAUUGACAAGUUUCCCCUUUGGGAUGGCAGAGAAGAAAUGAAUGAAGUCUUGUACUCCAAGAUUUCAUUCCGCCCAAGGAACUCGAAACAACUUUCCAUAGAUUCAUUACCAAGUUUCAAUAUGUGGUGUGAUCGGUCUGUCGGAAACAAGAGGGAAACAAAUGGGGAAUCAGAUAAAGAAAGCUCUUCAGACACUGAAGAAGAUUUUUCAGUCAUGGUUUUUAGUCAUGGAAACCGGCACAUCAGGAAUCACUAACGAGAAUAUUCAAAACAACACUCAACACAACAAUUCCCACAGUGUCUCUGAUAGGAAUAGUGUGCACUUGAAAUAUGGUUUCUAACUAUAUGAUGUCUCUUCCUGCUACAACUGAUCUGCAUCUAAGAAGAUCCUGCAAUGCUAAUAGCAAGCUAAUGAAUAGGAGUGAAGAUGAGUGUGUAGAUUCUUCAAAUAUAAAGCAGGCGUCAUAAUUUGUCUGACAAGGUACACUUACUUUUGUGAGUUGCACUUCCAAUUCUGAGGCAAGUACAGUAUUAAUAUGUGUUUAGCUACUUUGGAAGGAAGAAUCGUCUUACAAAUUAUGAGAAGUGUUUUAGCAUGAGAACGGAAGAAGUAUCCCAAUUCAUUGUGAACAGGUUCUCUCGCUGCUGAUCAACCAAAAUGGUGAAGGGUUGAGCUGAAGGAAGGAAUGCCCCUGCUAAACCGAGAAGUUGGCAAAUAAUUUGGCGUCUAAUAAGGGUCAGAUUCUCCAUCUGUGAUUGAUGGCUUCUCCCCACAGCUUCUUCCCAGAAAAUAUUUUUUUCAUAUAUCACUUUUCUAACAACCAAAUUUAGCAAAGAAAAGAAAAAGAAAGAAAAUGGGAAGGUCCUUAAGGAAGGUCUGGAAUUUGGCACCUUUCCCCUUAGUGCUUUUUCACAAUUAAUAUGAGAGAAGUCAACUUUUUUUGCAUUGGUAAAGAAGAAUUGGCAGUUCUACAGUAUGUUUAAACAUAAAAAAAAAAGAAUGCAAUCUAAUGAAAGCCACUUUUUUUUCCAAUCAAGCCCUAACUUUUUAAUCAUAACUGAAAUUCUGCAUUUCCCUAUGCAUAAUGAUAUGAGCAAAUGAAUGGGUUACUACUUGAUAGGUUUAUUCAUUAUCUUCAUAUAAGACUGGAAAUAACAUUGAAUAUUCUCUGGGUUGGAUUCAGUUACUUAGGGAAAACACACAGCAAUUCAAGGGUUUUGAGAUUGGUUGGAGUCUCCUUGAUUUCAGUAUAUAAAUCUGAAUCCAACUUACAAAAUAUUUUUGCUAUAUAAAGUUCUUUAUAGAGAUACUGUAUAUGAACAUAUCAAAGGUUAAAUUGCUUCCUUUCUCAUAUUCUGAGUAUGUAGAAAAGGCAGACUUUCAAUACUACAGAAACUGGAUUGAAGAAGAAAAUUAAUUUAUAGGAUAUACCUAUUCUUAAGGCUGAUGUUCCCACAUAUAUUUUAUGAACUUGGGUACAGGUUUCCUAUAAACCUAUAUUCCAGAUAUGGAAUUCAGCAGAAUUCCACUAUGGCUUGAAUGGAAGCACAGUUUUGGAGGAUCUAAGCCUUUUCAUGGUUUACAAAUAUUUAAAAGCUUCAACAUAAGAACGUACUGAAGAUUUUAUGUAAACAUCAUUGAUAUCAUUAUGCAUUUUUAAAAAAUCUGAACAAAAACGGAUAGCUUAUAGCUUGAAUUGUUGCAUAAUUUAUAUCUUUGUAAACCUCACUCCAAAAUUAUCUACUAUUAAUUUUGAAAACUACAAUACAAUACUUGGUUUCAAAAUAGUCACAAUAAUAAUUACCCAUACAUACUUGAGCUCCGAUUCACA